AUGGCGGACCUCGCCGCAGAAAAUGCCCGCUCGGGCUCCACCACAAAUUCGGCGACAGCCUCCAACGCUGCGUCGCGAGCUUCAACGCCCGGCGCAACAGCAGAGAAGCCGCCGGAUGACAGCUCCAAGUUCAAGACCUUCUUGGGCAUAUUGCGAAAAUUCAUAGGUGUCUCCGAUCUCGCUGCCGUGCGCUUCUCUCUCCCUGCGCAGCUUCUCGAGCCUCGGCCAAAUUUGGAGUACUGGCACUACCUGGACAGGCCAGACACAUUUAUCAGCAUCGGUGACUCCAAUGACGAGCUUGGACGUCUGCUGGGAUGCUUGCGCUUUUGGUUCACAAAGGAUUUAAAAUAUGUCAAGGGCAAGCCAUGCAAGCCCUACAACUCGACUUUGGGCGAGUUCUUCAGGUGUAACUGGAAAGUCGAAGACACACAUCCCACCAUGAAGACACCGAACUCGGCUCCCUCGAGCAGUGCCAACAGCGUCGCCGGCGAUGGCAAGACUGUCACAGUCUCAUACCUCACCGAACAAACCUCCCACCACCCUCCCGUUUCCGCCUUCUAUAUCGACUGUCCCGAAAAGGGCAUCAGCGCGAGAGGGUACGACCAGUUGAGCGCAAAGUUCACCGGUACAAGCGUGCGCGUUGUAGCCGGAGCGCACAACCUGGGCAUCUUCAUCACCUUGAAGAACAGGGAUGACGAGGAGUACCAGCUCACACAUCCGGCAGCAUACCUGGGUGGUAUUCUGCGAGGCUCCCUUAGCGUCUCCGUUGCCGACACCUGCUACAUCACAUGUCCCAAGACCGGACUGAAGGUCAUCCUUGAAUACCAGGAAGAAGGUUGGCUAGGCCGCAGCCAGAACCUGGUUAAGGGAGUGAUCUUCAAGUACGACCCCAAGAACGACACCAUAACCAAGAUCAAGGACGUGUCAGAUAAGGAGGUUCUUGCACGGAUAGAGGGCGCCUGGACAGACAAGGUCUACUACACACUCGGCAAUAAGCCCUUCAACAAGGCUUCCGAGAAGCACCUUGUUAUCGACCUCAACCCGCUCUUCCCUGUCCCCAAGGUCGUCCCUCCUAUGGAGGAGCAGCUCCCCAACGAGUCCCUCAAGUUCUGGGAAGGUGUCACCAACGCCAUAGUCGGGCGACAGUACAACCAAGCCACAACGCUUAAGACCGAGAUCGAAGAGAAGCAGCGACAAAAGGCAGCGGAGCGCAAGGAGGCGAACAAGGAAUGGCAGCCCCGGUUCUUUACCGGCGCAGUCACACCUGUCGGCCGACCAGAUCUGACCAAGGACGGCGAGAUUGCAUUGAAGGGGCUGCAUGAGGAGAAGUACCACCUCGAGCCCAACGUAGAAUAUGGCGCAUAGAAUUUUGGAUAUCUGUUCGAUUCGAUAUACAUCGGAGCCGGGGGUGCAGAAUGCGUUGGGCGGUUCUUCGAUACCUUCGCUUGGUUCACGUCUAGGUCUGCCUUUGUUUCGGCUUGCGGGAAGCAUGUACAGUUGGCGUCCCGUCGAGUCUUUCGAUACAUCACCUUGCGGUUUGGGUUUCGACACCAUCGUUCGGUUGCAUAUAUUCGACAGUUUGUCCGAAUAGAUUUACCAUCAUCUGAGCCGGGUGGCGUUCACUGUGCACCUUUUGGCAUCGUUUGUUCAGCUUUGGUCUGGCCUUAGGCAUGUGGCACAGCACAACAAUGGGA